AUGCGUUCGUAUCGCAAUUCAUACGAACCUCUUAUAAAAACCAUAGAAGAGGACAUCUACGCUAACAAUGAGAGGAAGGACCUUCCGACUGACUUCAAGUUUGACACCAUUGCAAGAACUGGAGUACUCAAGCCUCGCGUUUUCAAAGAUGAUCUAAUCUUUAGAUCGAAGCGGUCCAGAGACCUUUUUGUGAAUGCAAAAGCACCUUUCAAAACUUUCCUGAGCAAUGGAGAGGGUUUACCGUUGUUUGCCUUGCGUAAUAAGAAGACUUUUAUUGCUGUGGAAAACCGUGUGGGCUUUCUUUUUUACCGAUACGAAAUAUUGAGGGAUGGGGACGUUCCUGAAGGUUCAGAUUACAAAGUAAAAGGAAAGUGUGGCGGAUACACUCUGUUUAAAAUUCUUUUUUGCACUGUUACUGUAAAAAAAUCAAGGUACUACACAACCAGCAGCAAGAUUUCUCAUGUGCUUGAGCUCGACUUUGGGAAAAAGGAGGAAUUCAGAAAAAUCACACUUGUUAGAUGUUCUGGAAUUAGAUCAGUAUAUGUUGUAGAGAGCAAAAUGGCUAUUAUGAAAUGGAUUUUCACUUCAAAUGAUAAAUUUGAUUUAAAUUCUUCAUUGUUCACCAUAAAGGCUGCAAUUGGCUGUAUACCAGAAGUAGAUGAUGACAUAGAGGACAUUCCUGAAUUUGAUUGGGACUCUUGCCCUACUAUCGGAUGUAUGUGCAGGACCAAAGGGGCCCUUUUUGGACUGCAACCUCAAAGGGAGUUAAAGCAAUGCCCUCAAAUAUUCUUAGGGGAAAGUGGCCCGCCAGGCUAUGAUGAGUUUUCUGUUUGUUGGCAAGUGAAACUGAGAGUAUGUGUUUCUGUGCUCGUAAAUUCCCUCGAAAAUAUCGACUACAAGGAUUGGGUCGAUGAUUGA